AUGUACGAAGGGAUUGACAACCUGAAAUCCCUUUAUGACUGUGCCGGGAAGACUUUCUCCGGCGGUCCUUCUGCGGCACAGGAUGUGCCGCGUCGUACUGCUCAACCAGACCCAGUACGUCGAUCAUCAGUUGGGAGCGGGGCUCCCAAGAAUCCCAGGACGGGGGAUAGCCGCGCCACCGGACGAGAUAACUCGUCCGACGUCCGUUCACGUCGCGGUGGUUCAACAGCUGCUCAACUAGAUAGCGCUGGCCACCGCGAGAGUCCUCUAAUGGAGGUGGAGGAGGAGGAAAGACGCUCUCCACACGAUCAUGUGGAUCGGUGUGUUCACGAGAGCUUCUUUGAUCGCGUAACGCAAGGGUUACGCGACGAUCUCGAACAUGAGCGGAAUAGGCGUCUCCAAAUGGCGGACACUGCCUCGUAG